AUGGAAGUCCUCAUCAUCUACAUCUACAAUUUCUUGACAACAAGGAAGUGGUUCAUUUUUGUGUUCUUCUGCCUUGCCGAGACACUUAUAUUCAAGAAGUACACCAAUGAAGACCUGAAGGAUGAUCCGUUCAAAAUCAUAGAGCUGGGGGCCAGCAAGACCCUGUUUUACAGGGUGUCCAACGAAAAGGCAAGGGCAAACUACAUGCAGCUACACAUACCGUUCAUCGUCGAGAAGCUCUUUCAUCUCGAGCACGACAUCGAAUACACGUCAGGCUCGGUUAAGUACGUGAUCAGACCAUUCAAGGAGAUUUUCAUGGUCAAGGAUGGCAAGAAGACAUUUAUCGGCAGAUUUGCACACAGUUUCAUAGACAAUGAGAGUUAUUGCCAGGUGUUUGAGAAGGGAGACAGGUGUGGGUUCAAUAAAAAUGUGCGCUGGUCUGCUCGUGUGCAGUUUUCCGGCAGUGUUGACAAGCUGCGGGUUGUUAGGCUGAUCGAGGGGAAUCUCUGUAACUAUGAAAUUAGGGUGGUUGGCGACAUUCUGACACGUAAGAUAACGAACAAGGACACAAUUGUGUACAAGGGGAACAAAGAGGGGGAAGAAGAUGGUAGCGCGAAUGACGAGGAUGAGAAGGAGGAAGCAAUGCAUUUCAAGGCGUUUAAGAUGAAGCUCUUAGGCAGCGGCUCCUCGCAUCAAUAAAUGAAGUAAUGUGGUUUGCUGCACUUGUCGUGUGUUUUAUGACUAUACCUGUUAUAUCACGAGGUGCUGCGAUAUUAUGUGUGGAAAGAUGCGAUUAUUGAUCAGAAAUUGAUAUAGAAAGACUGUGGGCGUACUUAGACACUCAUCAAGGCACCUAAGUUGGUAUUAAAGUGCAGUUACAUCACUAUACGAUUGUUUUAUCGGGCAUUUUGAACAUGACGUACAUCAAAUUAUCACAGUUGGUUAGAUUUUAUGUUUCAACCAUGAAUUGUUGGCGUAUUGUAACGAGCUAGGCAUUGUGAGUAGAGAACGUUGCUGUGCUCCAAUCCUGCGCAACAUGCCAUCUGUUGUGCAACGAUGUUGGUAUGGAAUGCGGUAUAAAGGACAGGUUUAAUGAAUUUGUUCUGUUCUUACGACUUGCAUGUCAACAACAAAGACACGCUCUUUACCCAUGCACUACCAUCCGUGCAAUUGUGCGCAUUACGUACCGUUUCUUCCUCUUUCAGGUGUCAUGAAAUUUACCACGUUGGUCUCAACGGUGAUAAAACGUUUCUCAGCUCAAAAAAUGGCAGCCAAUACAAUUUUUGGUACCGGAUUUACGGCCCGUUCAUUUUGAAUGUUCUUAACGGUUCAACCGCUUGUGCGU